AUGACGGCGACAGGCCAACAGAGGGAGCCCCCUUCCUGCUCGACGCAGAUCCGCAAUAGGACGGUGACCAACGAUGAGGCAGUCCCCUUCCUGCUCGACGCCGUACUGCUCGUCUACUCGUGCUCUGCUCCUUCUGGCUCCGUCCGGCUGCUCUGCUCCUUCCUGCUCUGUCCGGCUACUCUGCUCUGCUCCGACUGCUCUGCUCUGCUCCAAUCGGGCAGCUCUCACCAUGGUUCAUCACUUCAAAGAUUCAAGGUCAGAGGGAUGUAUGAUCAGGGUGGGAAUGAGGAUGAAGAUUGCGAAAUUGUUGAGUUUUCUCGUGCAGCAAGUGGAAGCUCUCAACUUCCUAAGAAGCCUCUGAUCAAGGGUCCAAUGGACAGCUUGGUCAUGUCUUGCAUUUCUAAAAUUGGUGCUGAAAAGAUUGUUCAAGUAGUCACAGACAAUGCAAGUAACAAUAUUGCAGCAGCCACAGCCAAGUUACUUAAGCAGAAGCAUCCUCAAAUAUUCUGGACCUCAUGUGCAGCCCACACAAUCAACCUAAUGCUCCAAGACAUUGGAAAUAUACCCAUAGUCAGCUCAACAAUUACCAAUGGUAAGACCAUCACAAAUUUCUUUUAUGCACACACUAGAUUGUUGGCUAUUCUUCGCAAGUAUGCCAAAGGUGAUUUAGUCAGAGCUGGUGCUACUCGAUUUGCAAGUCACUACUUGAACUUGAAGAGUUUGUAUGGAAAGAGGAAGCAGCUGAAGCUAAUGUUUGCAUCAAAUGAUUGGGCUGGCAGUAGUUAUGCUAAGAAGCCAUUGGGAAAACGUGUGUACAAGCUCGUAAUGGACAAUAAGUUUUGGGCCAAGAUAAACCUGCUAGUGAAUUAUUUUGAGCCACUUGCCAAUGUGCUUAGGCGGGUUGAUGGAGACACUCCAGCCAUGGGGUUCUUAUAUGGUGAUCUUCUCCAAGCAAAGCAGGAAAUAGCAGUCCGGCUCAACCAUGUUGAGAAAUAUGGUCCUAUUUGGGAGAUCAUAGAUAGAAGUUAUUACACCGCAGCCAUAGAUUCAUUUGGAACUGAGAUGGCCAUUAGACAACGCAAAGUAGCAACUAUCACUCCUGAAAGAUGGCGGACCGUGCAUGGAACUUCUGCAAAGGACUUGAAGAAGAUGGCUAUUAGAAUCUUGAGCUUAACUUUUAGUUCUUCGGCAUGUGAAAGAAAUUGGUCUGCAUUUGAGAGGGUACAUUCAAAGAAGAGGACCAGACUAGGCCAGAAGAAGUUGAAUGACCUUGUUUAUGUGAUGUUCAACAAGAGGCUGGACUUGAAGUACUCCGAGAGGGAAAGGGACCCACUGCUUGCAAAAUACAUUGAAGAUGAGCCACCAAAUGAGUGGAUGUUGGAUGAAGAGCUACUAUAA